GACGGGGCGGUGCGGGACCCGCCCGGCGGGGAGCGGGGAAGGCGCGGCCGCCCCCCUCCGGCUCCGGGCAGCGCGGGGCCGCGCGGCCGCCCCGAGAUGUUCAACAGGGCCGUGAGCCGGCUCAGCAGGAAGCGGCCGCCCUCAGAGAUAAAUGAAAGCGAGGGGCACCCAAGCAGCAGCCACCAAACCUUGAAAGGAACCUCAAAAUGGGCUACAUCACUGGAGAGCCUCCUCGAAGAUCCAGAAGGAGUGAAACGAUUUAGGGAGUUUUUAAAGAAGGAAUUUAGUGAAGAAAAUGUUUUGUUCUGGUUAGCAUGUGAAGAGUUUAAGAAAACACAGGGGAAAAAACAGAUGCAGGAAAAGGCUAAAGAAAUUUACAUGACUUUCCUGUCCAGUAAAGCUUCCUCCCAGGUCAACGUUGAAGGGCAGUCCCGUUUGAGCGAGACCAUUUUGGAGACACCUCAUCCUCUCAUGUUUCAGAAGCUCCAGGACCAGAUAUUCAAUCUCAUGAAAUACGACAGCUACAGCCGCUUCUUGAAGUCAGACAUAUUCCUAAACCACAAGAAGUGUGAGGAGCAAGAGGAGAAUUCACCAGAGGCUCAGACUGCAGCUAAAAGAGCGUCAAGAAUUUACAACACAUGAUAGGAUGAAUCCCUUCGGGAGGAGCAAUACAAUGACUAAAUUACACUCAGGAACAGUCUAGGUUUAUAGCAGUUGCAUUUAGGGUUUGAAAAGCUCAAAACCUUCUUAGGAGAUACUUACCUUCUUAAUUGCUUGAACGACUAAUUGUUUUUGCAUGAUAGCUAAUAACAAAGUGCUCAUGGAAAGACUGUUUCCUACCUAAAAGGCUGAGGUAUUCCUCCAUAGCAUGAAUUGCCUUUCAUAUUUCACAAGCUAAAUGCUUUCAGUUUUUGUAUUUUCUUUUGUGAGGCUUCAUAAUGAUGAGAAAUGGGAAAUAGGGUGCCUGGAUUUCUAUUUUUGCCUUGUAAUUUUUAUUUGUGACUGGGUUUUACAUCCUGAAUUGCUGGGAGAAGCUGCUGAGGAGUGAAUUGCACGUUACUUUGUGGAUGAGUCAUUCGUAGCAAACUUAAUUAUGAAGGGACAGCAUCUUUCAUGGUUAAGCUCAAUAGAAUCCAAUCCCUUCCUAUGUAACUUUGUUUUUUCAAGGUGAUACCUGUUUUGCUUUGCCCUUAUUGUUGAAUCAAACACUUCUCUAGUAA